GUCAUACGAGCAGGACUCUCACUGCAACACUGGCAGCCAGGGGAGACAUGGCAGAGGAACAGGACCACACAGGAUCCCCCUCGGAGGACCUGCCUCUAACUCAGGGUUAUCCUUAACUAAGAGCUGGACUGAAUGGAGAGAUGGAAGAGGGGGGUGCUCCUGGCUCCACAGAUCAGGCAGGGAAAUGUGGCCCCAACCUGCUGCAGAUGCUGAAGGCGGCAGAGAGCAGGUGGUCUCCUCAGGGUCAGGACAGAGACGGAGAUGACACCUCUGGGGCAGGAGAGCUGGUUACUGAAGCUCUGAAGACAGACAUGCAAAUACAGUUCACUGACCAGAAUGAGGAAUUCAACAAGCGUCCAACCAAGACAGGUCAUCGCUCUCUGUCCCACUCCAUCUCACAGUCGUCUACAGACAGCCACAGCUCAGUGUGCAGCGACAGCUCCGAGGAUGAGCCAACUCCCAAAGGCAAAGUUCAGAAGACUUCCAAAGGCUUUUCAGACUUCUGCAUCAAAAGCAUCAAGCAGGCUGAGUCUGGACGCAGAGAGAUAGAGAUCGCACAACAAGAAAUGCCAGCACUGAUGGUCCUGAGGAAAAGAGCAGGUGGAGAGAAACCUCUGGCCGGAGCCAAGGUUGUGGGCUGCACACACAUCACUGCACAGACAGCGGUGCUGAUUGAGACUCUGAGUGCGUUGGGGGCUCAGUGUCGCUGGGCGGCCUGUAACAUCUUCUCCACUCAGAACGCUGCUGCUGCUGCUCUGGCUGAAGGAGGCACCUCCGUGUUUGCGUGGAGAGGAGAGUCAGAGGACGACUUCUGGUGGUGUAUUGACCAAUGUGUCGGUGCAGAGACCUGGCAGCCAAACAUGAUUCUGGACGACGGAGGCGACCUGACCCACUGGAUCUACAAGAAGUACCCGAGUCUGUUCAAGAAGGUCAAAGGCAUCGUGGAGGAAAGUGUUACUGGAGUUUAUCGGUUGUACCAGCUGUCUAAGGCCGGCAGACUGUGCAUCCCGGCCAUCAAUGUGAACGACUCAGUGACCAAGCAGAAGUUUGACAACCUGUACUGCUGCAAGGAGUCCAUACUGGACGGGUUGAAGAGAACCACUGACGUCAUGUUUGGAGGAAAGCAGGUGGCGGUGUGUGGAUACGGUGAGGUUGGUAAAGGUUGCUGCGCUGCCCUCAGGGCACUGGGUGCUGUCCUGUACGUCACAGAGGUGGAUCCCAUCUGUGCCCUUCAGGCCUGCAUGGACGGCUUCAGAGUGAUUAAACUGAGUGAGGUGGUCAGACAGGUGGACGUGAUCAUCACCUGCACAGGGAACAAGAACGUGGUGGGGAGGGAACAUCUGGACAGAAUGAAGAACGGCUGCAUCGUCUGCAACAUGGGACACUCCAACACUGAGAUAGAUGUGGUGAGUUUGCAGGCUGCGGAUCUGAGGUGGGAGCGUGUGAGGCCUCAGGUGGAUCACGUGAUCUGGCCCGAUGGGAAGAGAAUUGUCCUGCUGGCUGAGGGCCGUUUGCUGAAUCUGAGCUGCUCCACAGUGCCGUCCUUUGUCCUCUCCAUCACUGCUACAACUCAGGCGCUGGCUCUCAUAGAGCUGUACAACGCUCCAGAGGGACGAUACAAACAGGACGUCUACCUGAUGCCCAAGAAGAUCGAUGAGUACGUGGCCAGUCUUCACCUGCCGACAUUUGAGGCUCACCUCACAGAGCUGAAUGAAGAUCAGGCCAAGUACCUGGGCAUCAGCAAGCAAGGGCCCUUCAAACCAAACUACUACAGGUAUUAACUUGUGAAGCUGAAGGACAGAAGCUCUUCAGUCAAGCUCUUGUGGAUUUUCAUGUUACUCCAAGUCCUGUGGGCAGAGCACUGGCGCCCCCUCCUGUGUGAAGUUCGCUUUCACGAUGACGUCACUUGUUUUUCUGUGUGUAUGUGUGGUUGCAUCUGUUUUAUGUGUUGAACUGCUCCUAGUUAGACAGUAAAUCCAGAAUAUACUUAACAAAAUGUAAAGAGACACACAAAGAGCUGAAUUUUUUUUUAUCUUCACUUCGAAUCAUAGAUAAUGACACUCAUUGACAGGAGCAGGAAUCAGUAAUUUCACCAACAACAACGUAUCACUGAGAAAAGAACACAUAUACACAUUAAUACAUAUAAAAUGGUCUAAUGAUCACAUGGCCUAUGACUAAAUAUUUUUAGUUUAGCCCUUAUUGAAAGCCUCUCGUUGUGUUUCUGUCUCAUAAUUCUAAUAAAGCAAUAAAGUAAAUUGUGUAUCAGAAAAUGUUUAAAUGUGUAACAGUCAAAACAGUAUUUUUCUUUGUUUGGUGUCAGAAACAGUCUCAAGAUCAAACCCUAUGAAAAUAUUACGGAAGCCCAAUUUCACCACUGUGAUGAAAAUAAUAAAGAUCCUGUAGGCCAUUUUAAUGACAAGAUUUCUCAAAAUUAUGACUUAGUAUUCCCUAAUUAUGAUCAAAACGCAGCUAACUGAUCUUAAAAACUGUAAUCUCUUUAUAUGCGUUUAUUAAUGAUACAUGAUCUGAGCGUCGAGCAUCUGUCCUGUAUAACACAUUUAAAGUGGUUGUAUUGAACGGAAUUGUAUGUGUUUGUAAACAAAGCAACUCACAUUAAUCCCAUUCAAAAGAAUUCAGAAUGCAAAGAGCAGAGUGUCAGGUGACUUUUAAAAUACAUGUCUAAUGAAUAACGUUCAUAUAUUUGAUAAAUAUAUGACAUGCUAGGUCAUAACUAUGAGAUUCUACUUUAAGUCAUACUUUUGAGAAGGUUUGUGAAUAUAAUGAUUAACAGGAUUUAAAAAAUGUUCAUCACAGUGGCAGAAAUGUGCUUCUAUCAAAUACAGAUUGUUUAAGUUUCCUAUUAAACUCUAAAUAAUGAUAAA